AUGAGGAUUGUCUCCAUUGAUUCACCAAUAGGAGACACUCCUUCCUUGCGUGCUGCUCUCUCUGCUGCUCUCCGCGAAGCAGCAGCAGCAGAGCAGCUACAGCAGCCGCAGCAGCAAGGAGCAGCAGCAGCAGCAGAAGCAGCAGCAGAGACAGCACUUGCUGCAGCAGCACACCGUCUCCGUAUAGUAUGUGUUAAGGGACAGGCAUUAGCUGAUUUGCUGCUGUCUAAUCCCUUAGAGCCUCCAAUCCGCAAGACAAGCAGCAGCAGCAGUCCGUCUAAUAAUCUAAAUGAGCCCUCAGAGGCUCCCGUGGGGCCCCCAGGGGCCCCUGGUGACCCCACCCAAGACGAGGGGGCCCCUGGGGGCCCCCCUAAAGAAAUGGGUAUUGUACCCCGAUCUGCAGCAACAAUAUCUAUGCUGCGUCUUCUUUAUCUAAGAGGAGGCUGGGCAGCAGAGGCCCUUGCUGCAGCAGCAGCAGAAGAAGCAGCAGCAGCAGCAGCAGCAGGAGGAGGAAGAGAAGCAACAGCAACAACAGCAGCAACAGCAGCAGCAAGAACAGCAGCAGCAGCAGCAGCAGGAGAAAGAGGGGGACAUGGGUAUACUGCUGCUGAAUGGGGAGCAGCAGGGACAGACCCAGAGGAAGGAGACGUGUCUCUUGCUGCUGCUGCUGCUGCUGCUGGCUUAAGAAGAAUCCUUAUGAGGGAGAAACGUAUUAUUCUGUGGGAUCCCUUCUGUGGCGGCAGCAAUUUGCUGCUGGAGGCUGCGCUGCUGCUGGGGGGACUGUCUCCUUCCUGUCCCCAAAUCCCCUCCCCUAGGGAUAUUAUACCCAUGCUGCAGAUACACCCCAACAAGCAGCAGCAGCAGCAGCAGCAGAUGCAGCAGAUGCUGCAGCAACAGCGGCACGGGAAGAAGCAUGGUCAACCUAUGGACUUGGAGACACAGCAGCAGCUCCUAGACCAGCAGCAGCAACAGCAACAACAGCAGCAGCAAAAGAAGCAGCAAUUGCAGCAGCAGCAGCAAGGUCUACAAGGGCCUCCCUUUGCUAUGGGGCUCCACUUGGCGUCUCCAUUUGAAGUGUCUCCUUUUGUCUCUGGUGGCAUUAUCCUCACUCGCGUACCAGGACCGAGGGAAACAAAG